GAAAUUCUCGGGAGAUAAAGGAUAAAGAUUUUCAUAACGAAACUUCUAUAGAGUAAAAGGCUGGAACUGGAAUAUGAUUGAGUUGCAGAGAGGAUUUCACCUGUUACUGCUGCAAUACAAGGCGUUGUUCGUGAAGAACAUACUGCUGUCGUGGCGGAACAAGCGCGCAACAUUCAUUCAGCUCUUCUCGUCCUUCUUCUUCAUGUUCCUCAUCUUCUGCAUCCAGAAGGCCGUCCAGUCGCGCUUCUCAUCUUCUACCUCUUUCCAGAACGUCUUCGAUCCCGAGCCGCUCGUAACGCCGCCUAUUCCACCGUGUGAGGACAAAAACUUAGUCAAGUUCCCCUGCUUUGACUUUGUAUGGAGCGGCAAUGGGAGCAGGAGAAUUGGCCAAAUUGUCAGAAGAAUCAUGGACAACAAUCCAGGCCGCCCCAUUCCUUCCAACAAGGUUCAAUCAUUUAGAACUCGGGAUGAAGUGGAUGUAUGGCUUUCCAAUAAUGCUAUGCAUUGCCCUGGAGCUCUUCAUUUAAGUGAAAGAAGUUCCAGUGUAAUUAGUUAUGGUCUACAGACAAAUUCCACUCCAGUGGCCAAACGAGGAAUUUUUGAAGAUCCUACAUUUAAGUUCCAAAUCCCACUUCAACUUGCAGCAGAGCGUGAAAUUGCACGUUCUCUUAUUGGAGGGAAUUUGCACAUCCUGCGGUUGAAACUUUCUCUGCUGUUGGUGCAGCUGGACCAACAUUUUUCCUGGCAAUUGCCAUGUUUUCUUUUGUCUUCCAAAUCAGUGCUUUAGUCACAGAGAAGGAAUUAAAACUCCGACAGGCUAUGGCCAUGAUGGGUCUUUAUGACACCUCAUAUUGGUUAUCAUGGCUCACAUGGGAGGGAAUUAUGACUCUUCUAUCAACACUUCUAACACUGUUAUUCGGGAUGAUGUUUCAGUUUGAUUUUUUCUUGAACAACAGUUUUCCAGUUCUAUUCACGCUGUUUUUUCUUUUCCAGUCCAAUAUGAUCGGUCUAGCAUUCUUGUUGUCUGCUUUCAUUACUAAAUCAUCUUCAUCAACAACUGUGGGGUUUUCAACUUUCAUUGUUGGUUCUUUGACUCAGGAUCAUUUGGUCUAUUUUCCCACCAAAUCUUCUCGCUCAAGGUCUUAAGCUGGUUGCUGAUGCAACUGCAACUCCUGAAGAUCCUGGUGUUAGCUGGAAAGGAAGAGCGAAGUGUGCUCCAAAUGAUAAUGAAUGUCUAAUAACCAUGAAUGACAUCUAUAUAUGGCUUGUCUCAACAUUCUUUCUGUGGUUGGUGCUGGCUAUAUACAUGGACAAUAUAAUUCCAAAUUCAUCUGGUGUUAGAAAGUCAAUGCUCUACUUCUUGAAUCCUGGAUACUGGACAGGAAAAGGUGGAGACAAUGUCUCAGAGGGGGGUGUCUGUAGCUGUACUGGUGCAAUUCCUGCUUCAGAAAGUAGUGUUCCAGAUGAUGAGGAUGUACUUGAAGAAGAAAACUUAGUUAAACAGCAAGCAAGACAAGGCCAAGUUGAUUCUCCUGUUGCAGUUCUAAUAUGUGGUCUUGUGAAGAUAUAUCCAGGUUCAAAGAAGAUUAGCUGCUGUAAUUGCAAAAUGAACCCGCCUUAUCAUGCUCUUAAGGGCCUAUGGGUAAACUUUGCCAAAGAUCAGCUAUUUUGUCUUCUAGGGCCCAAUGGGGCUGGAAAAACUACUGCUAUAAAUUGUUUGACUGGCAUAACACCAGUUACUGAUGGAGAUGCAUUAAUAUAUGGAUGCUCAAUCCGCAGCUCAACUGGCAUGUCAAGUAUUCGACAGAUGACAGGUGUUUGUCCACAGUUUGAUAUUCUUUGGGAUGAAUUGUCGGGUCAAGAACAUCUCCAGCUCUUUGCCUCCAUCAAAGGUUUACCCCCUUCCUCUAUAAAAUCGGUUGUACAGACUGCAUUAACUGAGGUUAAACUGACUGAAGCUGCCAGCAUGAGAGCUAGCAGUUACAGUGGAGGAAUGAGGCGACGGCUCAGUCUUGCGAUAGCUCUUAUUGGCGAACCAAAAUUGGUUAUUUUAGAUGAACCAACAACCGGCAUGGAUCCAAUUACAAGACGACACGUCUGGGACAUAAUAGAGGAUGCAAAAAAAGGGCGUGCCAUCAUCUUAACCACCCAUUCUAUGGAAGAAGCUGACAUUUUAAGUGAUCGCAUAGGCAUCAUGGCAAAGGGGAGGCUUCGUUGCAUUGGGACUUCAAUAAGGUUGAAAUCAAAGUUUGGAACUGGUUUUGUUGCUACAAUCAGUUUUUCUGGAGGGACAGCUCCUGAAGAAUCUGAUACUUUUUCUACAGAUAAACAUCAAGCAGUGAAACAGUUUUUCAAAACGCAUUUGGAUGUGGUGCCUAAAGAGGAAAGCAAGUCUCUCCUGACCUUUGUUAUUCCGCAUGACAGGGAGAGCCUUUUGACUGUACAGCUUUAACUGUUUGAUGUUGCAUUUUUCCUGCUAUUAUCUCGUUGCAUUUUUGUUUGAUUUUAUACUAGAAAAUGUUGACAAUCCCUUUUCCUUCCCCUAUACCUUCUUUUCAGGACUUCUUUACUGAACUCAAAGAUCAAGGAUCAGAUUUUGGAAUAUCAGAUGUCCAACUAGGGCUCACAACCCUCGAAGAGGUUUUCUUAAACAUUGCUAAACAGGCCGAAAUGGAAAGUGCUGCAGCAGAGGGAAGUUUUGCUACUCUUACAUUGAACUCGGGGUUGUCUCUUCAGAUACCAGUGGGAGCAAGAUAUAUUGGGAUUCCUGGGACAGAAUCUGCCGAUAAUCCCAGAGGCAUUAUGGUAGAAGUGAACUGGGAACAAGAUGAUUCUGGUAGGCUAUGCAUCUCUGGCCACUCAGAGGAGAGGCCAAUACCUCCUCAUGUUGAACUGACAGCUUCUCCAACAACCACUUCUAGUAGGGCCUUGAGACGAGGGAGACAAAUUCGGGGUAUAGUACUUGAUCCUGCACAAAUUAACUGCACAAAUGUGUGUUGAUUGGUUGACUUUAUCAUGCUAAUAAUGUAAUGGAUACUAGGGCAACGGUUUGAAUAAAAAAGAUUGUAAGAGCCUUAUUGCGUCCUCUCCCAGGCCUUAUUUCAGCAAUGUGAUAGUGCAAUAGUUACCCACAAUGCCCGCCUCUUGAGUAUACAUUUUGAAUGAAUUGAUUUAUUAAUAUA